AUGUCUCUCUUUAUUGACAGAAACAGCAUUGCUCCGCAGAGCGUAUCGAAACAGCGGCUCGAACUUGCUGAAUUCCAAUAUGACGGUCUCAAUGGUCUUCUGGAAACCAUUCGUAAGAGAUGCAACCAGAAAUGCAUCCCUCUAGAUUAUGGGGAAGGCGAUCUCACUAAGGGUGAGAGUGAAUGUACGAACCGGUGUGUGGCAAAGUUCAUGCAGGGCCACAAGAUCAUUGGAAACCACGUGGAAACCCAUCAUCGUCUUAGUGACCAACAACUGGAGCCAUACAAAACUUUGAGAAGGGAGUACCUGAGCUCCCCGUCGCCUGGAAAGUGA